AUGUCCGUGUCUACAGCCCCGCGGUGGCCUCGUGCGAUGGGGCAAAAUGGAACCAGUGACUCUUCGGUUUCGACCUGGGAGCCUCUGUUUCAAAGUGUGGCCGCGAAGUUGUACCCAAGGUUGGCACUGUUCAAAGCCCUUGCUGGAUUCAAAGAUGCACAUAGACAACGGGAACCAUCGGGAGACGUUAUUUGCGAAGCUCGCAGAGACUUUUUGGGCUCUUUCGCCUACCUCUGUGACACUGAUAAGGGAGGAGCAACGGUGACUGCAGCCGCAUUACAAAAGCUUCUUCACAGCAACAUUCUCUGGCUGGCAGCGAACGAGGGCAUGGAUAAAGAGACCAUAUCUUACGCUGAGAGGAUUCUGCAGAAACUGAAGGAGUUGGAAUCCCGACCGCCAAAAGCUGUUCACGAGGAGAUUUUCCGCCUUGUCGUGGACAGGUGCACUCCUCGCAUCAACUUUUACAUUUCGAAAUUGAAAAUGUAUGCAAGAAACUGUAGAAUGCAGAUGAGACAAGAGAUGCCUAGCGAAAGAGUGAGCGAUCUUCGAUCGAAGCUCAAGAAACUCGCUGAACCCCCUCCGAGUAUGACAUUGGCAGACCUUGUUGACCGGUGCCACGCCAUGCGAGGAGCAGAUAUCGACGAGAUCCGGAAAAGGUCAAAGAAACGAGAUGACGACUUUAGAGAAUUAGCCCAUUACAUCGGCAGGGUUGGAGCAACGCGAUCAUCCACAAAUGCUGUGGUCGACGGGAUGCUCAAAGUACCCUCUCUCCGGAAGAUAUCUGGGAUACGUCCAAUCAGUGCACCGGAGACUCGGGAGAUGUCGGUUGGCCAAGGAUUCACGAGCCCGUAUGAGAUUGUAUGGGCCAUAUGCAAAGAGAGCCCAUAUCCGCAUCCCGUGCAGAUGAAAUCGGCACUUCACGCUGUUGUUGAUUUUGACCACCCCUUGAAUGGUGAGAUCAGAGACUCUCUGGCUUCUCGCCCAUCAAUUGUCACCAGGGUCCAUGCCGAACUGCAGAUUGCGGACAGAUUCAGUCGGGAUCGGUACGAAUUCGUGGAUGGCGACAUGUACAUUGGGUGCAGCAAGCCUGCAUGCUACUUCUGCCACCGUUGGCUUGGCCACCACAAGCUCAAGUUUGUUCUACCAGCCACCCACGACAAGAUCAUUGUCGGUUGUCGAGGGCCCGACGACGACGUCAAGAACCGGGGUGUGACCGUGUUGACAGAGAUGUACAAGAAGGUGUGUGGAAGCCUGAACCAAGAUAUCUUGGAGUUCCUUCUCAAGGUCCAAGACGGAGAGGCGCAAGUCAGACAUCACUAUAUGUCUACGGAGGGCUCAAGCCGUGCACCAAGUCGAAUCUGA